AAGCUUGUCGAUUAUCAAGCACCAUACGUCAUUGCAAUCCGCGGGGAUUGGCUGAAUUCUUUUCCCUUUUUCUCAGUUUUUGCAACCCCGGCUGGUCUUCAACUCCGGAACAGCGGCAGCCCAACAGUAACGUCAGGGUGAUUCCUACGGGACUCCGAGACCACCGCACUCCGGAGGAAUGGUCGCAAUAUAGCGGUUUUUGGAGAUACGCUCUGGCGGAGAUAGUAUUCUCGGCGUUUCUUCCUCUCAUUCUCGGAAUAUACUCUUUGUCUGUGAAACGUGCUAAAUGAGUGCCAGGACAUCCGAGAAUUUGGCGCUUUCCUCCAUACCACACUGCACCUUCAACGGGACUGCCCGAACCAAUGGCACCUGCAUCGAACAAAUGGAUCAGCUGUUCCAGUCCUUCUCAUCCACCGCUGUGCUCUUCGUGCUCAUUGCACUGAUCAUUGGAAUCAUGUUUCUUUCGCUGGUCACUUUUCACUUCCACAAAUGUAAGAUGAAAAAGAGAAAGAUACAACGGGCACAGGAGGAGUACGAGCGCGACAACUGCAGCCCCAAAACCCUCAAAGGGAAGCCAGUGGUCAGGCCAUGUAUCAUGGUGAGACCGGGAAAACGGCCACCCGCCGCAGUCCAGAGGAGCCAGUCAGACACACCGUCUCAGGAAGAGUCCAGUGUCGUUGCACCGAUCCCGACGAACGAGUCAAAAGCCAAUACGCGACACACGGACCAGGCAAACGGACAGAAUUUGCUGGAAUCUGUCGCGGUGUCUUCUUGAUAAUGCAAUACCACGAAAGCAUUUAAGGAACAAUGUAAAUAGAUACCGUGUAUUCAUACUAUUACCUUACCUAUAGGGGUUAACUAGAUUCUACAAUUCUACAAGCAUGAACAAUGAUAAGUCUUCAAUAUAGCUUCUGCUGGAGCGCGAAGCAGCCAUUAAGAACGGUUAAAUACUUUAUACAGAGCGGACACUCUGCUUUUCUGGAAUCCUUGACAGUUUUCACCGUCCCCUCCCGGGGGACCUCACCGGCCUAGAGCUUGGUGGAACCGAGGACCAUCUGCGGGCAAAUGGAAAUAACUACUGGCUAACAUAGCCAUGCAGCCAGUCAGUGGACAAUGUGCUACUUUAUUUCUCCUGCCAACGAAGUGUAUGUAUGUGUAUGCAAGCAAGGGCAGACGCGCAGGAAAAAUGACCGGGCGCGUUGUACAUCUUGUAUAGUAGACUGUCGCUGUCCAGUGCUGAAGUGCUGAAAAGGAGGAGGCGACGCGGUCUCAUGUUGCUCUUCCCGUAGAUCUCCCCCGUUAGUCGCGUAUUUUUCUUUAGUAGACUCCCUUCUAUUGAGUUUAUGGUAAAAAAAAAAAAAAUCAUUCAACGUUAUGUGUUUCAGUAGAGCAUAAUGCCUUCAGUUAAGCUAGCUUAUAGCCUAGUAGUUGGAGAGUUAAACUUGGGCAUUUUUAAGUAGUAGCCUAUACUUUUAACUAAGCGCUAUUUCCCUGCCUUAUUAACCUGGCCUAAGACAUAUGCGUAAUUUUAUACCCAGCUAAACCCUUUCCCGAGACUGUUAACGUGAAAUUGCAGCUACUAGUGGUUGUAUACCCUUGUUUUGGUCACGGUGCUGUAUAGUGAUAUUUAUGUAGGUACUACUAUAGGCAUAUUUAAGUUAGCCAUUCUACAGCUCAAUCAAACUAAUGCUUUUAUUUCUCUUCUUUCAACUUCCUUCUUUAUUCUUUUUUUCUCGCUCAUAUA